AUGUCAGGUGGACGUAGCUGCGCAAGGGUCUACCCUGGCGCCAACGAAAAGUUCGGACGACCUUGGUGGGACUAUGACAACCUCGCAGUGCAGUGGGGAACACAGGACAACUACGAGAUCCUGCGCAAAGUAGGACGCGGGAAGUACUCGGAAGUCUUUGAAGGAGUCAACAUCGCCUCGGCGUCAGGUGUACCGGAGAAGUGCAUCAUCAAGGUGCUCAAGCCGGUCAAGAAGAAGAAGAUCAAGCGAGAGAUCAAGAUCCUGCAAAACCUGGCGGGUGGACCCAACGUUGUUGGUCUCUUGGACGUGGUUCGCGAUCCGCAAUCCAAGACGCCAUCGAUCAUCACCGAGUACAUCAACAACACGGACUUCAAGGUGCUCUACCCGAAAUUCACCGACUUUGACGUGCGCUUCUACAUCUUCGAGCUGCUCAAGGCGUUGGACUUCUGCCAUUCGCGAGGCAUCAUGCAUCGGGAUGUCAAGCCGCACAAUGUGAUGAUCGACCACGAGAAGCGCAAGCUGCGACUGAUCGAUUGGGGUCUCGCCGAGUUCUACCACCCGUACACGGAAUACAACGUCCGCGUCGCCUCGCGCUACUUCAAGGGCCCCGAACUCCUCGUCGACUUCCAAGAGUACGACUACUCGCUCGACAUGUGGUCGCUCGGUUGCAUGUUCGCCUCGAUGAUCUUCCGCAAAGAACCCUUCUUCCACGGCCACGACAACUACGACCAGCUCGUCAAGAUCUGCAAGGUGCUCGGAACGGACGAGCUGUACGCCUACCUCGAGAAGUACGACAUCGACCUCGACCCGCAGUACGACGACAUUCUGGGGCGGUACCAGCGCAAACCGUGGAGUCGCUUCAUUACGAGCGAGAACCAGAGGUACAUCUCGAACGAUGCGAUCGACUUUUUGGACAAGCUGCUGAGGUACGACCACCAGGAAAGGCUGACGGCCAAGGAGGCGCAGGAUCAUCCGUACUUUGAGCCUGUUAAGGCGGCUGCUGCACGGGGAGAGGUCGUGGCUAGUUAG